AUGGCCACUCCCGGAACACAGUAUAUGAUGCAAGCUGGUCUUGCAACUGGCAUGUCCGCAACUGCGGGCAUGCACUCACCGCAUCUACGACCUGUAGAUCCCAAUCUCAGCGACCCAGCCCACGUACUCCCAUCCGACCUCGUGCCCAACUCACAGACGCGGAUGGCCCUGCACGGCUGCGGUGGACAGGACGUUCUAAUCCCGUACCUGAGCAUCGGCGCCUGGUCCUGGGGCGACAAAGCAACAUUCGGGUAUAAGGCGACUCGGGAUCUCCCAAAGAUCCACGCAGCCUGGCAGAAACUCAAGUCAGUUGGACUCACCUUCGUGGACACAGCGCAAGCUUACGGCGACGGCGAGAGCGAGAGAAUCUGCGGGACGCUAUUCGAGGGUAUGCCUCGUGACUCAUUCGUCGUACAGACGAAAUGGCACUCCACAUCGACGAUCAAGAACACAAUUAUGCAAGCCAGUGGUCCGAAGAUGAUGCUCCAGGGCUCACUUGAUCGGCUGGGCCUGGAGUAUGUGGAUAUAUACCUCGUUCAUGGACCCAUCCACCCGGGCAAUAUCUCGACAAUCGCCAAGGGGUUAGCGGAAUGUAUGGAGUCUGGACUCACCCGCGCCGUCGGAGUCGCCAACUACAGCACGCAAGAAAUGAUCAAGAUGUCAGACGAGCUGGCCAAACACGGUCAUCCGCUCGGCGUGUCGCAAUGCGAGUACUCCGUCAUCCGUCGUCUUCCGGGGACAAGCGGGAUGAUCCGCGAGUGCAAGAGGCGGAGUAUUUGUUUCCAGGGCUUCGCUUCGUUAGCUGGGGGUCGGUUGUCGGGGAAAUAUUCGCGUUUCAACCAGCCUGGGCGGACGAUGCGGUUCAGUAGUUAUCCGAUGCACAUGCUCGAGCCAACGAUUGCCGUCCUCAAGGCUAUUGCAGACAAACACCGUGUGCCUGUUCCAGCUGUGGCGUUGAAUUACUCAAUCAAUAAGGGAGUCGUGCCUCUGGUUGGUAUUCGGAAUCCUGAACAGGCAGAUCAGGAUAUGCAGGCAUUGGGAUGGCGGUUGACCAAGGAGGAGAUCAAGCAGAUUGAGGAGGUGAGUCUAGAGGGUCAGACCUCUUCGAUGCUGCAACACGGUUAG